UUAUUUACACGUUUUCUUUCGCCUCAUAACUAAAUGACUACAAUUCGACAUGCGUAACAACAGCGAUUAUUACUUGACAAAUAAUAUAAAUUUGACUAACAACAACAGUACCAAGAAAUCAGCAUCACGUUACUGUAGUGUGGACAAUACAUUGAAUUAUUACAAUAAUGCAAAAACAAGUGGUCGUAGCUGGAGCCGGAAAAAUCAAAAUCUACAAGCAACCCAAGAAUCUACAAAGGAGGCCUUUCUCCAAGAUAUAUCCAGCUCUAAUUGCCGUCAGACUUCUGCCUAUUGGCCGCUCGAUUCAGCGUACUGUUCUGACGUAUUUACAAAGACACUUGGCGAUCAACGAAGUACUAACGGUGGGGCUUCAUCAAAAAAGAGUCAAGGAUAUGUCUAUAAGGAAGUUCGUCAAUCAGAAGAAUAUUUUAAUGAUACAAAGCACAAUAUGCGUGAAUAUAACGCGAGCAAAGAUCAGCUAAGGGCGCUAAAAUCAGACAUUUUCGAGGAACAGGAACAAAAGAGCUGGAAAGCAAGAAUAACACGUAGAACUAAAUAUCUGGAAAAUAUUCCAGACAGAAAUAACGUCCUGAAUUCUACGCCAGAUCCAUCAUGGGAUUCUAUACUAUCUGAAGUACCCACCCAGUACCAUACGAGUAACCAGCACUACGAACACUAUUUUUCAUAUUUUUAUAACCGUGGAACUGAAAAAGUGUCGAAUCUUCCGUCAUUCACAACUAACCGAAAACUGCCAAUGACUGAAGUUCAAAACUCCUCAGGUCGACGAGACCCGCGUGAUGGUAACGUGACUACUGCCGGUCAAAGAGAGUCAUCAAAGGGUGCGGGCUACGAUUCGCCAUUCGAAUCACACGUACUAAAGGAAAAAUUACCCAGUAAUUAUUUGUCUAACGAUUAUAGCUGCAAUGGUUGGGGAGAAGCUGUAGACUAUCCUGAAUCAUUGCUGCAGAAGGCUGGUGAAGAGUAUCUGGAUUUGUACGACUCCGAGGCUAUCAUAGAAACUCAAUUCGAUCCGAUACAUCGUCGUCUCAGAUUGUCUGAGAAGAGUGCAAUAGAUUAUUCAGGAGUUGAUUCAGCCAAUAACAACAAUUCAAGUACGGAGAAACCUUUAGAUCAGUCGCCGCCGCCAUGUUUACCCAUUAAUCAAAAAAGAAGCAAGGGAACCACAACAUCCAAUAAAAAGUCAUUGCCCACAGUUCACAGAGUCUUGUUGUAUAGUACUCAAAGUCCGCGAAUGGGGCGCAAGCAACAGCACGCGACGCAUCGCAAUUUAAACUUAAAAAACCAAAUCUCCAAAUCGGUGGAACCGCAAGACGACUUUCCCGCUGUUCUAUUAGUUGAGCCCGAAUCCAAAGAUGAAGUCUAUCGAAGUCACACAGACUCUGAUCGGAACCCGGAUUUCGACGAUGACGACGACUUAGACAAUAUUUCGAAUUUCGACGAGAGCGACACGGAAAGUUUGAUAUCCGACGCUGAAGAUGGCUACCGGGCUCAUGCCUAUAAGCUUACGCAUUCUGUGGAUAGAUUCUCAUCCCCCCAUAGCGGCUCUAGCUUUUCGGCUCAGUCUUCUGAAGGUGACCUCAAGAAUCCAGAGUCGCUCCUGGUACCCAGUUUGUUUCCCUUCGUACCACCGUAUUUGUCUUUCUCAUCGAACACAUCAAAGGGUCCAAGGGUUCCGCCGGAACUCCAUAGAGUGCUCAAAUGGCGGGUUACCAACAUAAUGCCAAAAGUUGUGCGCCUGAUUCUAGCCAACAGCGGAAUGCGAAUGUUAAAGAAGACCAAUGAUUGGAUGGGAGUGUGGGGCAAGCAUUUAAGGUCGCCUUGUUUCAAGACCAUACGUUCAUAUCAGAAAAUAAACCACCUGCCAGGCUCUUUUCGCAUCGGCAGAAAGGAUUCCUGCUGGAAAAACUUGCAAAGGCAGAUGGGCAAGCACAGCAACAAGGAGUUUGGCUUCAUGCCGCGGACAUACAUUAUACCCAACGAUCUAUGUGCUUUACGCCGUCACUGGCCGAAAUAUUCACAGCGUAAUACCAAGUGGAUUAUCAAGCCACCGGCAAGUGCAAGAGGAGCUGGUAUUCGCGUAAUAAAUAGAUGGGGACAGAUCCCAAAGCGAAGACCACUUAUUGUGCAAAAGUAUAUAGAACGUCCACUACUUAUUAAUGGUAGUAAGUUUGACUUGCGUCUCUAUGUUCUCGUUACCUCCGUUAACCCGUUGAGAGUUUUCAUGUAUCACAACGGGCUGGCUCGAUUCGCAUCAGUAAAGUACAGUUCCAGGACAGACACAUUAGGCGAUAGGUGCAUGCAUUUGACAAAUUAUAGCAUCAACAAGUUCUCUUCUAAUUACUCAAAAAAUGAAGAUGUAAAUGCCUGCCAUGGUCAUAAGUGGACCAUAAAGUCUCUGUGGACAUAUUUAGCUAACCGAGGGGUUCGAACAGACUGUCUGUGGGAAGCCUUGAGAAGCUUAGUCUUGCGGACUAUUAUAGCUGGCGAGAAUGGUAUAAAUAGUAUGAUUAGAGCCAAUGUAGAGUCAAAAUACAGCUGCUUUGAGCUGUUUGGCUUUGAUGUUAUUUUGGAUUCAGAUUUAGUCCCAUGGCUAUUAGAAGUUAAUAUAUCACCAAGUUUACACUCUGAAUUGCCAUUGGACUCCCAUGUCAAGGCCCCCCUUGUACAAGGUGUGCUGAACACGGCACUGUAUAACGUACCUCCAAAAUUAUCUCAAGAGAAGCAGAAAGAGCUAGCUGCCGAACUGUCAUUUCCAACUGGCACACAAAUGUGUUACGAUAAGCGACUCUACAUAAACUAUUUAUCUCGCGAAGAGAAGGAAAAGCAUAACACAUUCACGCGAAAGUCUAUGGAAGAUAGGAAUGAGUACAUUAACGACAUUCUGGAUAACCUAACGCCUGAUGAUGUACGAUGUCUCAUCAUUGCGGAAGAUGAGUUGGCGCGAUGUGCACCACUGGAACGUAUCUUCCCAACAGAUCAAACUCAUAAGUACCUAAAAUACAAUGAUACACCAAGAUAUUACAAUCGUCUGUUAGAUGCCUGGGAGUCUCGCUACGCAAACAAUCGUGCGGAAGGCAUCGCAUUAUUACGUGAUUAUUGUCAAAACAAAUAUCAUCUUCAAGUUCCAACAUCUCCAAACAAAAAGGUCAUGAACGAUAGUUGUGAAGAGCUCAAUCUUAAGACUGUAAUAUCUGUACGACAAGAUGACAACAAUGCUUAAGAUCCCAACCGAUUCAAAAACUUAAUUUAAAUGCGCAGAAAGACCGUUGUGAUAAGAGGAUGGCAUAUUAAAAACACCAAAAACACUAGCUUUCCCUUAGAACAGAUACUGUUUGGCCCAUUAUAAAUUUGAUCCAAUUUUGAAAUUUAGUUUUAAGCCUUAAAAGGUAUUCGAUGUGUUCAGCCUCUGAGAAAUUUAUAUAUUAUGUAAGAUGAUUAGUAAUCGCCAAAUAGGAGUGAAUUAAUAAAAUUAUAUGUUGUAUUGCUAUAUUUAUUACAACUAA